UGGCACCUCAUCACACUGCCGGACGGAGCUCCCGUUAACCAUGGACCACCACGGGCCGCCGCUGCUGCCCAAUGGCCGCCGUCUGGCGGCCACGCUCCUCCUCCUCCUGGCGGCCUGCUUCUCCUCCGCCCGUGCCGUCACCAGCGGCGAGGCCGCCUACAUCGCCCACCGGCAGCUCCUCGCCAUGAACGAGUCGGGCGCCGGCGAUGAGGGCGAACUCCCCACGGACUUCGAGCCCGAGGACCGCCUGGGUGCCGACGCCAAGAGCUUGACAUUCGCCAACGACCGCCUCCGCCGCGCGUACAUCGCGCUCCAGGCCUGGCGCCGUGCCUUCUACUCCGACCCCAAGGGCUUCACCGCCAACUGGACCGGGACCGACGUGUGCUCCUACAACGGCGUCAUCUGCACCCAGGCCCUGGACGACCCUAAAGUCACCACCGUGGCCGGCAUCGACCUCAACGGCGCCGACAUCGCCGGGUACCUGCCCCCCGAGCUCGGCCUGCUCACGGACCUGGCCUUCUUCCACAUCAACACCAACCGCUUCUGCGGGAUCAUCCCCAAGAGCAUGUCGCGCCUCACCAUCCUCCACGAGUUCGACGUGAGCAACAACCGCUUCGUGGGCAUCUUCCCCUACGUCUGCCUCGAGAUGGUGUCGCUCAAGUACCUCGACAUCCGCUUCAACGACUUCGAGGGCGACCUCCCGCCGGCGCUCUUCGACAAGGAGUACGACGCCAUCUUCGUCAACAGCAACCGCUUCGUCGGCCCAAUCCCGGAGACGCUCGGCAACUCCACCGCCUCCGUCGUCGUCUUCGCCAACAACAAGCUCGUGGGGUGCAUCCCCAAGAGCAUCGGCAAGAUGGUGCACACGCUCGACGAGAUCAUCUUCCUCAACAACACCCUCGACGGAUGCCUGCCGCUCGAGAUCGGCCUGCUCAAGAACACCACCGUCGUCGACGUCAGCGGCAACGGCCUCGUCGGGUCCCUGCCCAAGGAGAUCUCCGGAUGCUCCAAGCUCGAGCAGCUCGACGUGUCCAAGAACGUCUUCACCGGCGUCGUGCACGAGGCCAUCUGCGAGCUCCCCGCGCUCGUCAACUUCAGCUUCGCCCACAACUUCUUCAACUCCGAGUCCGGGCCGUGCAUGCCCUCCGAGAAGGCCGAGGUGAACCUCGACGACGCCGGGAACUGUCUCGGCUCGCUCCGGCCUGCGCAGAAGACCUCGCUCCAGUGCGCGCCCGUGCUCGCGCGCCCCGUCGACUGCAGCAACCACCCAUGCGCCGGCGGAGGCGGGAAGCCAGCGUCGCCGCCGUCCGAGACGCCCUUGACCCCGAUUGUUGGGCCGGAGCUGCCGCCGCCGCCACCGCAGCCCAAGGAGUCCGCACCAACGCCGGCUCCUGAGCCGGCACCGCUGUCCCCGAUUGUCGGACCGGACUUGCCCCCACCACCACCGGAAGGGUAUGCUAGCGCUCCACCACCUCCAACAUCCGGCCGGCUUCCGUUGUCCCCUGAGCGCCCGAAGGCACCACCGCCGAAGGAAGAACUACCACCCCCAGCACCGGCCAAGGUUUAUCCUCCACCGGCAGCGCCAAAGGCCAAAUCUCCACCGCCAGCUCCGGUCAGCUCUCCGCCACCCCCGGUGAAAUCUCCUCCACCGCCUGCGCCAGUGAGCUCUCCACCUCCUCCGGUGAAGUCUCCACCACCACCCGCACCGGUCAGCUCUCCGCCACCACCGGUGAAGUCCCCGCCACCGCCCGCACCGGUCAGCUCCCCACCUCCUCCGGUCAAGUCCCCGCCACCACCUGCACCAGUCAGCUCUCCACCUCCUCCGGUCAAGUCUCCACCACCACCCGCACCAGUGAGCUCUCCACCUCCUCCGGUGAAAUCUCCUCCACCUCCAGCACCGGUGAGCUCUCCACCUCCCCCCGUGAAGUCUCCUCCGCCACCUGCACCGGUGAGCUCCCCACCACCUCCAAAGAAGGUUCUACCACCGCCCGCUCCGGAGAUAACUCCGCCAACACCCACUCCCAAGAUCCUCCCACCACCCGCAGAGAAGGUUCUACCACCGCCGGUUCCGAUCGUGAAAUCGUCUCCACCUCCGGCUGAGAAGUAUGAACCUCCUGUCGAAGCACUGCCUCCACCGGUGAAGUCGUCUCCACCAAAAGAACCUACCCCGGAGAAGCCCUUACCACCACCAACCCCGGUGGUUAAGGCAUCACCGCCACCUGCUCCAGUGAGCUCGCCACCUCCCCCUGUGAAGUCUCCACCGCCACCGGCUCCAGUGAGCUCACCGCCUCCUCCGGUCAAGUCUCCACCACCCCCUGCACCAGUGAGCUCACCACCUCCUGUAGUGAAGUCUCUACCACCACCGGUGCCAGUUAGCUCGCCGCCUCCUCCGGUCAAGUCUCCACCACCACCAGCGCCAGUAAGCUCACCGCCACCAGUACCAGUGAAGCCACCACCGGCUCCAGUUAGCUCACCGCCUCCCCCGGUGAAAUCUCCACCACCACCUGCUCCAGUUAGCUCGCCACCACCAGUACCAGUGAAGCCUCCCCCGGCCCCAGUGAGCUCACCACCACCCCCGGUGAAGUCUCCACCACCACCCGCUCCAGUUAGCUCACCACCACCUCCAGUCAAGUCUCCUCCACCUCCAGCACCAGUCAGCUCUCCACCACCGGCGCCAGUGUUAUUGCCUCCUCCAGCAAAGACCCUACCACCACCAGCGAAAGAGGAGCCACAGGCACCUCCGGCAAAGACGCUACCACCACCAGCGAAAGAGGAGCCACAGGCACCUCCGGCAAAGACCCUACCACCACCGGCGAAAGAGGAGCCAAAGGCACCUCCGGCAAAGACCCUACCACCACCUGCGAAAGAGGAGCCACAGGCACCUCCAGCAGAAUCAGUUCCAACCCCAGCCUUCGACAAUUUCAUCAUGCCGCCAGUGGUGUCGGCCAAGUACGCAUCACCCCCACCUCCUCAGUUCCAGGGGUAUUAAGCAUACGUACAAAGGAAUCAGCUGAACAUUGACGACGUAGACAAUGAGGACGUGGGUGCAAACUAACUACGUGAGCCGGCCAAGUGUAUGAAAUAGGAAUUACUACAUGUGAUCCUGCUCGCAGGAUGCCUUCAUCUUCUCCUUUUUUCCCUCUAUGCUAAAUGUAAUUCUUUUUUGUUAAACAAAUCAGUGUAUGAGAUUGAAGAAACAAAUCAACAAUGUCGAGAUGGUGUUUUCAUUUA